UAGGUCUAGACGUCUGUCUUUCGAAUGUGUACAGCGUUCAUUUUUGCAAAAAAGUAACAAGGCUGUUUAUUUUGACUAUGAGUUUGAGUUGUUUUGUCUCCUAUGAAGAUCAAGGAAAUAAUUGCAUGCCAACCUUCAUUUGAGCCUGUUCCACGGAGUCAUGGCGGAGAAGGAUUUCUCGCCUCUAACUCAGGCUGUUGUUCGCGGCCUGAAUGACAAACUCUAUGAGAAAAGGAAGACGGCCGCCCUCGAAGUGGAAAGACUGGUGCGAGAAGCUGUGGCAUGUGGCGAUAUGAAACAGGUAGCUCGCAUUGCUACCAUUCUGACAGACGAGUUUGCCGUGUCUCACAACCCGAACAGCAGAAAAGGUGGAUUAAUUGGUUUGGCUGCAACUGCCAUCGCCCUGGGAAAGCAUAUCAAUGAUCACCUGUCGCAGUUGGUACCACCUGUGCUGGCCUGCUUCUGUGAUCAAGACUCGCGUGUUCGCUAUUAUGCCUGCGAAGCUCUUUAUAACAUUUCCAAGGCAUCCCGUGGCAAACUUCUCAUGUUCUUCAAUCGGAUAUUUGAUGGUCUUAGCAAGCUUGCCGCCGAUCCAGAUCCAAAUGUCAAGAAUGGUGCUGAGCUAUUGGAUCGUUUGAUGAAGGAUAUUGUGGCCGAGAGCAGUUCAUUUAACAUUGAGGCAUUCAUGGACCUGCUGCGGGAACGCAUCUACACGAGCAAUCCGUUUGUACGCCAGUUCCUGGUGUCAUGGGUGCGCGCUCUGGAUUCCGUGCCCCAGUUUGAUGUCAUUCCUCACCUGCCCGUCUUCAUCGACGGCUUGUUUGUCAUCCUGAGUGAUGACAGCAAGGAGAUUCGUAAAAUGUGCCAAGCUGUCCUCGGUGAAUUGCUUAGCGGUGUGAAGCAGUACAAGGGCACUGUCAGUUAUGCCGCUAUGAUCAAUAUUAUCGCCCUGCAUUCUCAAUCUACUGACCAGCUGAUCCAGUUGACGGCAGUGCAAUGGAUGAAGGAGUUCCUGCACCUGGCUGGCCGUCGUCUUCUACCCUACACGUCUAGCAUGCUGGCGGCCAUCUUGCCCUGUGUGUCCUACACCGACGAGAGGCAGCAGAUUCAUGAUGCUGCCAUGGCUGCCAAUCAGCUAUUGCUGAGUUUGAUUGGCCCGGACGAUGACAAAGUCACCGCGGCUGAUCUGCUGCAGAUGAAUGAUUCCAGUCCAAACUCCUGCUCUACACCAACUACACCAGCUUCUUCAGACACAGUCGUGGAGGAGUCUGCAUCGGUAACAACUGAGCAAUCCAUGAGCCAGGCGUCACCACCAACGUCACCUCCGCCGGAGGAAGAAUGCCUGCUUCACUUGCAGUCCGUCGUGGACAUUCUGACUGUCCAGCUGCUCCACAAAUCCGUGGAAACCCGCAGUGCUGGCCUCCGCUGGAUGCUGCAUCUGCACCUGAAGACCCCAAAAAAGAUUUUCAUCUUGGGAACUCAGCUAUUCCCCGUGCUGUUGAAGACUCUCUCAGAUACGUCAGACAAGGUUGUCUUGCUGGCUUUGGAGAUGUUAGCAGAACUGUCAUCAUCCCAUGCUGAGCAAGAGUUGAGUGACCUAUGCCAUCCCUCAGACCAGCAGAAACUGAGUGGAGAGGGUGGCAACGGGCCGGCCGCAGAUGCCAGCCCAGCGUCGCCGAAAUCAGUAGCGGAGACCAGCGCCGCUGCUGGCACUGGAGGGAGAGCAGCAACAGAGCGAGAGCAUGGCUCAGCCCAGGGGCCGUCAACCACCCUGCGCCGUUCCCUGUCCGGGAUGCAGCUGAGCACCGAGUCUGUUAGUCGCCUUGCUGAAAUCGUCCUGCCGACUCUGAAGAGCUGUGGUUCUGACAGUCGCCUAACAAUCUUCUUCACCCGUCUCAUCUGUAGUCUAUUGUCACUGUUCAGCACUGAUCGACAUCUACUGGACAAACGAGGAAGCUUCAUCAUCCGUCAGCUGUGUCUUCUCCUGCACCCGAAAGACGUGUACUGUGCCUUGGCUUCAGUCCUGUCUCAAGAAGAAGACCUGCACUUUGCGUCCGUAAUGGUACAACACCUCAACUCCAUCUUGUUGACAUCUGGUGAGUUGUUCGACCUGCGCGAAGAAGUCAAGAAAACGCCGACCAAGGAGAGCUGCAUCAUGUUUUCAACAAUGUUCCGCUCAUGGAGUCACAGCGCCGUAGCCACUCUGUCCCUGUGCUUACUGGCACAAGCCUAUCGGCCAGCGAGCCAGCUCGUCCGCACCUUUGGUGACUUGGAUGUCACUGUGAACUUGCUCACAGAAAUAGAUCGCCUGGUGCAGAUGAUCGAGUCGCCUAUAUUCACACAUGUUCGACUUCACCUGCUGGAACCGCAUCGAUGCCGUCACCUGGUCACAACCCUGUAUGGCAUACUGCUACUGUUGCCGCAGACCAGUGCCUUUCAGAAGCUGCACCAACGGCUGCAGUGCAUACCGACUGGUAUUGCCAUUGCUGACACGGACAGCACACUGCCGAUGAAUGAUUUAGGAGAGUCUCAAGUUCAAUUGCUCACUGCGGUGGACUUUGAUGCUCUACAGAAGCAUUUCAGUGAACUACAGGCACGUCACACACUGGCCAGUCGUCCAACUUAUCGCCGAAUGGUGAGCUAAGUUCACUUUGCAUUGCUGCCACCGUACGUUGCACUGUACAUUGGGACAGCUGCACACUAGUCGCUACUAGUGUUCUCACGCUCUCUUUUUUUACCGUUUGAGUCUGAUUCUUGCUACCAUUUGCGGUGUGUGUGUGUGUGUGUGUGUGUGUGUGUGUGUGUGUGUGUGUGUGUGUGUGUGUGUGUGUGUAUUUUGUGUGUGUGUCGCGAGGAGUAGGUGCAUAGAAGUUCACGAUCGCUUUUUUUAAAGCAUUUUGUAGCCGCACGGCAUAGCAUGCAUUCCCGUUUGCAGCAUGUUAACCAUGCUGAUGAAGGCUGUUCAUUUCAUAUCAGUAUUGUGUGCAUAGCUACCGACGAUAUUUUUCGACCACGUUUUCGUUGUAUUUUGUACCGCCAGCCACAUAUUUAGCGUGGUACCUUUACUUAACCUUUCUGUAUGCCAUCUUGGCGAAGUCCGUGGGCUACAUUUACCUUUCUGAAUCCCAUCUUGGGCAAGUUCGUGUUUGUUCGAAAACCCUUUUUUAUAACCCUAUAUUGUUCUAUUCGAUGCAAUACUCUUUCUUAUUCGAUUUUACAAGGUGAUUUUUGGUGUGUUUGUUGUGUUUUACCUAUUCUUUUAGUAAUCUUCAAUCAGCCUAAGUGUGAGAUAGUGUUCUUGUAGAACAAGCAAUCA